GUGGCCGGCGGCUCCAUGACGUGCGGCCCGCGGGCCGUCACCGUGACGUGCCUGCGCCACCUGAGCGGCCGCGGUGCUGCCAUGGACCUGGGGCCGAUGCGCAAGAGUUACCGCGGGGACAGAGAGGCAUUUGAGGAGUCCCACCUGGCUUCCCUGGACCCCAUGAAGCAGUUUGCUGCCUGGUUCGAAGAAGCCGUCCGGUGCCCUGACAUAGGAGAAGCCAAUGCCAUGUGUCUUGCGACCUGCACCAGGGACGGGAAGCCCUCUGCCCGCAUGCUACUGCUGAAGGGCUUCGGCGAGGAUGGCUUCCGCUUCUUCACUAACUUUGAGAGUCGGAAAGGAAAAGAGCUGGACUCUAACCCCUUUGCGUCCCUUGUCUUCUACUGGGAGCCUCUUAACCGCCAGGUACGUGUGGAAGGGCCCGUGAAGAAGCUGCCCGAAGAGGAUUCUGAGCAAUACUUCCACUCCCGCCCCAAGAGCAGCCAGAUUGGGGCCCUGGUCAGCCACCAGAGCUCCGUGAUCCUCAACCGGGAGUAUCUGAGAAAGAGGAAUGAGGAGCUGGAGCUCCGCUACCAGGAGCAAGAGGUGCCGAAGCCCAGGCACUGGGGCGGCUACGUCCUGUGCCCACAGGUGAUGGAGUUCUGGCAAGGUCAAACCAACCGCCUGCACGACCGGAUUGUCUUCCGACGACUUCUGCCAGGAGAGGCUCCUCUGGGGCCCAUGAGCCACCGUGGGGAGGCAGGCUGGCUCUACGAGAGACUGGCACCUUGACUCUGGACUCUGCCAACGCACAGCCAGGGGUCCGGAGGGAGGGCAGGGCAGGGCACGGCCACAGGAGGCUAUGGGAUGGGGGGUCGGGACCCUCUGAAAUCCACCUUUUCCCUCCCCACCCUUUGUCCCGCUGCUCCCAGUCAGCUGCCCUAGUGCAGGGUGACAGGUAAUUACUUUUCUCCGCCUUGCCAAGCAGAGGCCUGGUGGCCUAGUGGUGACAGGUUGGGCUGCUCUCCUAAAGGUCAGCGGUUCAAAAUCACCGUAUGUUCUGUGG